UUCAGCAACGCAUAGAAUUAUCGGAAUUCCGAUUACUUCAAAUCCAGACUAUCGGAAUCGGAAGGUAUUUUUCGUCCUCGCCAUCUUCUUUUUCACUUGUCUUGAGGUCUGCGUCGAGAGUUGACUGAAGCAGAGCUGAACGCUUCGCUACGAAUUUUUAGUGAAUUGACAGCUUGUAAUCUUGAUUAAAUCGAGCAUGGAUGACGACUGGGAAGAAGAUUCUCCACAGCACGGCUGGGGAAUUGGAAAUGAUUUAGGAAGCACUCCCGCCCAGAGCAAUCAAGGCUCCGGUAAAACCAACAAUUUUAGUAGCUUCGGCGACAGCAUUGGUGGCAGCUUUGGCGGCAACCGAAAUGAAGGAUUCGGUGAACGCAGCGGCGGCGGCGGUGGUGGACGCGGCAAUUACCAAGGCGGCGGAGGCGGCCGCGGUGGAAGAGGAGGCCGAUUUAACAGUGACGGCGGUGGAUUUGGGAACAACAGCUUUGGUGGAGAUAAUGGCGGAGGCGGAGGCUUCAGAAAUGGUGACAAUGGUGGUAGCUAUAGAGGCCGCGGCGGUGGCGGCGGCUAUCGCGGGAACAACCGAUUUGGUGGAGACAAUGAAGGAAGGGGAGGAGGAGGAGGGUUUAAGUCCUUCAAUCAAGAAAACAGUGGAUUUGGAGAGAACCAAUUCAGCAAAUUUGGCGGGGAAGGCCAAAACGACAACAAAUUUGGCUUCGGAGGGAGCUUUGGCAGCAGUGGAAAUGAUGGAGGCUUUGACGGGGACUCUGGCGGAGGCCGCCGCGGUGGAAGAGGAGGUUUCCGAGGAGGGAGAGGCGGACAAAGAAAUGAUUCGGACAGCUUCAACGGAGAGGGCUUUGGUGGCUUUGGCGGAGGAAGAGGCGGACGCCGAGGAGGCGGUGAUUCUGGCAACGAUUUUGGUGGCGGCCGCUUUGGAAAUGACGGCGGCAGCGGUGGUGGUGGUUUCAACCGCCAAGGUGGAAACGAAGACGGAAGUGCACCGAGGAAAGAGCUGUACAUUCCUCCUGAUUUGUCUAUGGAUGAGAAAGAUCUCUUUGACAGCAACACUGCGGGAAUCAAUUUCUCAAAGUAUGACAACAUCAAAGUGGAGGUAAAUGGAGAGGGAGCCCCACCUCCAAUGGAAGACUUUACCCAUGGAGGCUUGCGUGAUGUCUUGAUCGAAAACGUGCUGAAGGCCAAUUACACCAAACCUACCCCUAUCCAGAAGUACGCUAUCCCCAUGAUCAAGGGCAAGAGAGAUUUGAUGGCCUGUGCUCAGACAGGCUCCGGCAAAACGGCUGCAUUUCUCCUGCCCAUCAUGCAUUCACUCUUGGAGGACAAGGACCACCCCACUGUCUCCCCGACUGGAGCUACGCAGCCUUUCUGCGUGAUUCUCUCUCCAACAAGAGAACUGGCCAUUCAGAUCCACAAAGAGGCUGUGAAAUUCUCACUUGGGACCAUCAUUCGAGUGGGACUGAUCUAUGGUGGCACCGCUUCAUUUCACCAGAAUAACAAGCUAACUGGCGGCGUCCACAUUCUCGUGGCCACUCCAGGCCGCAUGGGAGACUACGUCAACCGCGGCCGCCUUUGCUUUGAGAAAGUCAAGUUUGUUGUUCUUGACGAAGCCGACAGAAUGCUGGACAUGGGCUUCCAGCAAGACAUUGAGAGAAUGAUGUCAAAUGCAUCAAUGCCCCAAACGGGGUCUAAAACCACUGUGAUGUUCUCUGCAACAUUCCCUCAAGACAUUCAGAAGAUUGCCAGCAAAUACCUGAACAAUUAUCUCUACGUUGUGGUCGGCAUGGUUGGAGGAGCCUGUUCUGAUGUGGAACAGAAGUUUUUGGAAGUGCCCAAGUUUGAGAAAAGAGACAAGUUGCUUGAAAUUCUGCGCGCUCAAAAACCUAAUCACAAAGUAAUGGUCUUUGUCGAGACCAAAAAAACCUGCGACUUUGUGGCUGCCUAUUUGUGCGAGGAGAACGUGUCCAGCACCAGCAUCCACGGUGACAGAGAGCAGCAGCAGCGUGAAAGCGCCAUCAGGGACUUCACCAAAGGGAAGCACACGGUGCUUGUGGCCACAAGUGUUGCCGCCAGAGGAAUUGACAUUGCUGGCGUGGAGCUGGUGAUCAACUAUGAUCUGCCCAAGGAGGUGAGUGAUUACGUCCACCGCAUUGGGCGCACUGGACGAGUGGGCCACACUGGAACAGCCAUCUCAUUCUUUGAUGAAAAAUUUGACAAGGAUUUGGUUCCAAACCUGAUCAACAUCCUGGCCCAGGCGCAGCAAGACAUUCCAGAAUGGCUGCAGAACCAUGCUAGUGGUGUUGGAAGCUUCGGGUUCCAAUCUUCCAGUGGAGGAGCUGCGGACAUCCGCAAUUCUAACUUCUCAAGUGCUAUCGCACCGGCUGCACCUGUCGCCGAUGAAGAUGAAUGGUAAUUUUCGAAAUAAGCCAACACCGCGUUGCAUGCUUGGACUGAGCCUCGCUAUUCAAAUUGCUCUUUUGUAUGUUUAAUAACCUCGUAUUAUUGGAUUGAUAGUAAAGUUACUGCGUUGGAUAUGGUAAUUUGUCAUUGUAGAUGAAUAGCAACCUAAUAAACAAUAUUUGUCAAUGAUUCUUCA